AUGCGCAACACACUCAUCUUCGCUGGGAGCUCGUGUCCCGCUCUCACGGGUCAAAUAUGUUCGAACUUGAGCAUGGCACCCGCAGCUGUCGAGCUUUCUCAGUUUGCAAAUGGAGAGACCAGCGUCAAGAUCUUGACCAGCAUUCGCGAGAAGGAUGUAUUUGUGGUUCAAUCGGGAAGUAGAAGGAUCAAUGAUAGCAUCAUGGAGCUUCUGAUUUUGAUAUCUGCUUGUAAAGGUGGUUCAGCAAACAAAAUCACAGCCGUCCUUCCCUAUUUCCCCUACAGCCGGCAGUCGAAGAAGAAAUCUCAUCGAGGAGCUAUCACGGCACGAAUGCUCGCGAAUCUACUCAACAUAGCCGGCGUCAACCACGUUAUCACAAUUGAUUUGCAUGCAUCUCAGAUGCAAGGUUUUUUCAAGUGCCCGGUGGACAAUCUCCAUGCGGAGCCUAUAAUUGCUAGAUGGAUUAAACGCAAUGUUCCUGGAUGGCGUGAAGCUGUGUGUGUAUCCAAGAAUGCCGGUGGCACGAAGAGAGUUACAUCUCUGGCGGAUGCGCUGAAGCUCAAUUUCGGAAUGGUCACUACAGACAAGCGUCGGGUCGGAAGUAACAUGUCUGCCAGUAUGAUCAUGCGACGACUAGAUUGGGACGAUAACUCGGAUGUUAGCAAGUUGCACAUUGGACCGGAAGAGAAGGCUAUGACAGAACGUCGUCAGUCGAAAGCACAGCUUAGCACUUUACAAACGGCGGUCGAGCCCAGGUCAGACCCCACACAAGUGAACGGGAGUUCCUCGUCGCGGGCGGCCGGUCAUUCCCGUCAGGAGAGCUCUGGGUCACAGAGGAGGAGUCAGAUUCUGCAGUCGCCAUUACGAACUGCCACAACUCCAGUCGACUCAGAAUUUACCAGUUCCCCUCUUGCCCGUGCGCAGGCCCCACCGCCGCCUCGAUCCACUCCAGUAGAGGAAGAGGUUGAGUUUACGGAUGAGCGUGCUCGCGAUAUUACUCAUGGCAGACUUGUGCAAGGACACAUUGUACCUGAUGAUUACCCCUCUCCUACACAGUCCGCUAUGUCGACUUCUACGGUCCUGGAGAACCUUGAUGAAGAUCCCAUGGAAAUGUCACGAGCGUCAUCAUUUUUCAAUCCAGAGGCUGCACCUUUGGGAGGUUCUGCCGAUGCUGGAGAGAGCUCGGAUGAAGAGGAAGUGCUUAAUGAUCCCACACUGGAACAGAUGAUCACGCUCGUUGGCGACGUUAAGAACAGAACUGUCUUCCUUGUCGAUGAUAUGAUUGACAAGUCUGGGAGCUGGAUCGCUGCUGCUGAAUGUGUUGUCAAGCGUGGCGGUGCAAAGAAGGUCUACAUUAUCGCUACCCAUGGCUUGUUUGGCGGUGACUCUCUUGAGGAGCUGCAAGACUGCGAUUGUAUUGACACAAUUCUUGUCACCAAUUCCUUCCCAAUUCCAGCAGAAGACGCCAGGGCGGCAAGGAAGCUUGUGGUGUUGGAUCUUUCGAAUCUGCUUGCUGAAGCCAUUCGGAGAAAUCACUACGGGGAAUCAAUAUCUCCGCUAUUUGCCCAUGCGGGUGACUAG